AUGGGACGUCGUCGGAAAGAACCAGUCAGUGAUACCAUUGAGGGCGAGAUAUCCGAAAGCAAAGAAUACGUCAAGGUACCGGUUGGAACUGACCAAGAGAUCCACACCCUACGGCUGAAGAAUUUAUGGGACCGACCGUAUUUCCGCGAUGCUAAACAAGGUCUCCUGCUAAUUGAUCAUAAUGACGAAGGCCUUUGGGAGCUCAAACACCCUGCUCUUGUCGACAUCAACCCGGAAGAUUUCACAUUCAUCGCAGAAUAUCUAGAAAGUGAUGGAUUUGGUCAUCGGAACCCGCAAGAGGGUGAGGAAACGAACGAAGCCUUUGCACAAUGUGUUGCAGCAUGGAUCACCGCGGAAAAGCUAGGCAUGUGGGACAUGCUGGAACAUGUCGCUGAGAAGCUGAAGGGCAUACAACCGGGAAUGUUGGAGAUCAUGGUGUUCUGUCGCCAUGUUUACGCACAUGACACAACUUCAAUCUCCCAUGAAUAUCUUAAGGGUCAUUUGGCCGUAUACAUAGCGGAAAACUUCUGGUCAUACGUCAAGGACGACCACUUGAGGUCGAACUUCAUUGAGCUACUGCAACACUUCCCAGAGUUGCAGCAAGACGUUUACGAGCGGAGGAUUCAGGCGCUGAAAAAAUGCGUUGAUCAGAGUCAAGAAGAUAGCGAUACUGACAUGGACUGA